UCCAUCAGAUUCAUCAACAACAUGGAACCCAGAAAUUGCACAGAUGCUCCAGAAUUCCUUCUUCUGGGAUUGACAGAUGAUCCAGAACUGCAGCCCCUCAUCUUUUACCUGUUCUUGUCCAUGUACCUGGUCACCAUCCUGGGAAAUCUGCUCAUUACCUUAGCUGUUAGCUCUGACUCAUAUCUCCACACCCCCAUGUACUUCUUUCUCUCCAAUCUGUCCUUUACUGACAUCUGUAUAAGCACCACCACAAUCCCAAAGAUGCUGGUAAACAUACAAGCACAGAAUCAGAGCAUUACUUAUAUAGGCUGCCUCACGCAGACCUGCUUUUUCCUGGUUUCCGUUGGCUUUGAAAAUUGUAUUCUUGCAGUUAUGGCCUAUGAUCGCUAUGUGGCCAUUUGUCAUCCACUGACAUACACAGUCAUAAUGAACUCCCGCUUCUGUGGACUGCUGAUUCUAUUCUCUCUGUUCAUUAGCAUUGGGAAUUCCCUCCUCCAGAGUCUCAUGGUGUUGCAGCUGACCUUCUGCACAACCCUGGAAGUACCACUAUUUUUCUGUGAAGUUGUUCAGGUCAUCAAACUUGCAUGUUCUGAUACCCUCAUCAAUAACAUUCUGAUAUAUUUUGCAACUAGCAUAUUUGGUGGUAUUGCUAUGUGUGGAAUCAUUUUCUCUUAUACUCAAAUCGUCUUCUCUGUGUUGAGAAUGCCGUCACCUGGUGGAAAGUAUAAAGCUUUUUCCACCUGUGGGUCUCACCUCUCAGUUGUAUCCUUAUUCUAUGGAACGGGUUUGGGAGUGUACAUUAGUUCUGCUCUUGCUAACUCUUCCAGAAACACUGUAGUGGUUUCAGUGAUGUACACUGUUGUCCCUCAAAUGCUGAACCCCUUCAUCUAUAGCCUGAGGAACAGGGACAUAAAAGUAACCUUGAGAAAACUCAUUGGUCAGAUACCAUUGUUUUUUCAGGAGUGUGUGGUUUAAAUUCCACUUGUAUUUUCCGCUUGUCUUCUCUUAUGGAUUUCUAGCUUCGUUAUAUUGUCAUCAGAAAAGACACUUUGUAUGAUUUCAACCUUUUAAAAUUUAUUGAGAUUUGCUAUGUAGCCUUACGCGUGAUCUAU